CUCAAGUUUUAUUUCACAAACUUUAUGAAAUGGAGCCGUGUCAUCCAAGCUCUGUUGGAGCUCAAAAUUCUAAGCCGGGGUUUUGCAGCGGAUAAUGGAUUGGAAUUCCGCGUGUGUGUCCACUCGGAAGUCGAUCCACUUUGGGACGAGAAGCUUAAGAUAGAUGAGGAACAGGGCAAUCCAGCAAGGUGCUGGGCCUGCGAGAUCUUGGCGUGCAAGCUGCAUUAGCCUGUCCACCCUAUCGACAUGCUUGCCAGCUGUCGAACCCCCGAAAGAUCUCGCACCAGGGCAAAUGUCAAACAUGGUCCUGGACUCCAGAUGGGGAUCGUGGCGCAGUCAAGCCCCUGCGGGCAUCAUGGUCCCACAAACCUAUUUUGAGGGCAGUACAUCGCAAUUCUUAGAACUUUCUCUGCCAAGAUUGACGCCUCAACCCUGCGGUCCUACGGGAGAUCCAAACUUCCGCUUGGAGUAAGACAUGAGCUUCAUGAUUCCACAUCGAAGAUCCUGAGUGUCUUACAAGCCCAUAAUUAGGCAAAUGUGCAGCAAGCUCUGUCAAAAUGUUUGCUGUGGAAGUCUCCGGUGUUAAAUGAAUAGCAAGGGCUCCUUUGAU